CUCAGCGCAGAGAGGAAGCGUCUGUUCGAGGCAAGAACGGAGCGCGCGCGAACUGUCGGGAAUUCGAGAUGGAGGAGCUGGACGUGGAGCCUUCGGUCACUCUGAUUCCAGGAGUGAACUCUGACAACAAACAAUUAUGCUUUGCGUGGGGACCUGGGGAGAUGCUGGUGUGUGAAACAUUGUUUGGAUCAGCAGAGUGUAAAGAGAAAAGGCCAGGCUGUCCAUAUGUCUACGUUGUUCGCAAAGAUCAAGACGUAUACUCUCAGACUUUGCGGAAGCUUUUCAAUGAAUCUCAUGGGAUCUUUGUUGGGCUCCAGAAGGAUGAGAAAGAAAAGGCUGGGAAGUCAAGGACUGCACAAUUGGUUCGAGUGAGCAAAAACUACCGCUCAGUCAUAAGAGCCUGCAUGGAAGAUUCGCAUCAGAUGGCAACUUCUACACGGGACCCAAUAAUGCACAUGCACCACAGUACCCAGGUCUCCAUUCUGUCUGCAAUGGAACUGAUCUGGAAUCUUUGUGAAAUCAUGUUUAUUGAAGCAGCACCAGCUGGUUCUCUUCUGUGCCAUCUUCUUGACUGGGUUCGUCUUCAUGUGUGUGACGUGGACAACAUGGUUUGUGAGCUUCUGAGGAGUGAAAAUCCAGCAAAACAUGAAAACUUUUGGAAUGUGAUAACUCUCUUUGUGCUUCAAGGCCGGAUGGAUGAGGCUCGACAAUUGCUCUCUAAGGAAGCCAAUACUAAUCCCAGUUCAGUGAGCAUGUGCAAAAUUUUGGAUGAAUUGAUGAAGAAAAUGCCUGUUCUCUGUCCUGGCAACACCCAGACUUUGACAGAGAUGGAACUGAAAUGGCAGCAUUGGCAUGAGGAAUGUCAGCGGUUCCUGAAAGAUGGGACAUUUGCGUCUAACCCUCAUAUGGAAACCCUCUGCAAGAUUCUGCUAGGAGAUGAAACCACCAUUUUAGAGAAGAAAGACCUCAUGACUACCUGGUACCAUUUCCUGGUAACCCGGCUGUUGUACUGUCAUCCUACAGUGAAGCAUAUGGAACUCCAUCUCUAUGCACAGUCCAGUCUAGAUCUGUUCCUAGGAGGAGAAAGCAGCCCUGAACCUUUAGACAGCAUCUUACUGGCAGCGUUUGAAUUUGAUAUCCAUCAAGUGAUUAAAGAAUGCAGCAUUGCCCUGAGCAAUUGGUGGUUCGUAGCUCAUCUGACAGACCUCCUAGACCACUGCAAUCUCCUCCAGUCUCACAACCUUUAUUUUGGUUCCAAUAUGCGUGAAUACCUCCUGCUGGAAUAUGCAUCUGGACUCUUCUCCCAUCACAGUUUAUGGCAACUUGCAGUGGACUAUUUUGACCACUGUCCAGAAUAUGGUGGCGCAUACUUGCAGCAUCAUAUUGAACGGAUCCCUCUGGAAACAGAACAUAAAGCCCUCAAAGUUCUGAGGAUCUGUGAGAAGAGAACGAUGGGAGAGCAAGUCCGUAGCAUCUGUAAAACCAUGGCCAUGAAAGCUGUCCGGAAUAAUCGACUCGGCUCAGCAUUGUCCUGGAGUAUCCGAGCAAAGGAUGCGGCUUUUGCCACCCUCAUAUCAGACAGAUUCCUGAAGGAAUAUUGUGAAAGAGGCACUUUCUCAGACUUGGACCUCAUUGAUAACUUGGGACCAUCCAUGCUGCUUAGCGAUAGACUGACAUUUCUUGGGAAGUACCGGGAAUUUCAUCGGCUGUACGGAGAGAAGCAGUUCUUUGCAGCAGCCAAGCUGCUGUUGAUGUUGAUGACCGCGCGUAUUGCUCCUUGCUCCUUCUGGAUGACUCUGCUGACUGAUGCACUUCCCCUACUGGAGCAGAAAGAGGUGAUAUUCUCUGCUGGUCAGACGUAUGAAUUAAUGAAAUGCUUAGAAGAUGUAACAGCAGCGGAGUUUAAAAAACAGAAACUCCAGGAUGAUGAUGCAGAAACAAUGAAGGUGGAAAUGCUGAGACUUGCUCUGGCACGAAACCUUGCACGAGCCAUCGUAAGAGAAGGCACAUUGGAAGAACCGUGAGAGCGGAUUAUUGGAGUAGCUCAAAAACGUUGCUUCUUUUUACUGUACAUACCAUGGCUGUUUUUUCUAAGAAUAAAUGUCAUAUUUUGCA